CAUCAAUGGUUGAAAUCACUACGAUUAGUGUAGUAUUUUUUAUGAUAGAUUCUUUUUGUUUAUGGAAAACAUAAUUCGAAUAAUCGACAUUUACAAUGCCUUCUAAUUGGUAAAUCACUGGGGCCUAUAGCGCAAAUAGGGUAUAUGUUUGCGCAGGUAAGAGUAUUGUUGGAGGAUAUGGAAUAGUUGGUGCAGGAAGUACAAUAUAAGGAUCAUUUUCUAAUCUUCCAACUCAUACUACAAUCAAAGUGUAAAUAAAUGUUUACUAUCUUUAAUCAUGGGAUGAAGAGACAGCUUCAAUUAAUGUUGGUGGGCUGGUUUUCUAUAGAAUGUGGGAUUAAAACUGGGGAGUUAAUCCUAUUUGUGUAACGGGUAUUGGUAAAGUCUUUUUGGAAACUAUCUAAGGGAGUCAUUCUGCAGAUACUUUGUAAAUAAUUAUUGCUACUAAUUUAAAUGAGAAUUCUUAUAAUGGUAUAUUUAAGUUUAAAUUUUAGAAUCCAUAGGUAUAAGAGAAGUUUAUAUAUAUCUAAAAACUCCAAAAUGCGUAUAAUUUUACAGUGAAUGUAAUUAUACUGGAACCAUGAAAGAAUGGUGUUAAGGUUCUCCAAAUUUAUAAAGAAAGAAUAGACCUUAAUAAAUCAAAUCUAUAAAACUAAAUUGUUGUGGGAUAGUUACAUUAACAAAAAAAGGUUAAGGCUCAAUAACAAUAACUGAAAAUGUUCCAUGUUUAACAGAAUUUGAUGUAUUUUAAAAUAUAUAAUUUAAGUUUCCUUUAGUUAAUAAUGUAAAUUGA